CUUCCUUCCACAGAGACGCUGAUGGACUCCACAACGGCGACAGCAGAGCUGGGCUGGACGGUGCAUCCUCCCUCAGGGUGGGAAGAGGUGAGUGGCUACGAUGAGAACAUGAACACCAUCCGCACCUACCAGGUGUGCAACGUCUUUGAAUCCAGCCAGAACAACUGGCUGCGGACCAAGUACAUCCGGAGGCGAGGAGCACACCGCAUCCACGUGGAGAUGAAAUUCUCUGUCCGGGACUGCAGCAGCAUCCCAAACGUCCCAGGCUCCUGUAAGGAGACUUUCAACCUGUACUAUUUCGAGUCGGACUUUGACUCGGCCACCAAGACUUUUCCUAACUGGAUGGAGAAUCCUUGGAUGAAGGUGGACACGAUCGCUGCCGAUGAGAGCUUCUCCCAGGUGGACUUAGGCGGGCGGGUGAUGAAGAUCAACACCGAGGUGCGCAGCUUCGGGCCCGUCUCCAAGAACGGUUUCUACCUGGCCUUCCAGGACUACGGGGGCUGCAUGUCCCUGAUCGCCGUCCGCGUCUUCUACCGCAAAUGUCCCCGCGUGAUCCAGAACGGGGCCGUCUUCCAGGAAACGCUGUCGGGGGCAGAGAGCACCUCACUGGUGGCAGCCAGGGGGACGUGCAUUGCCAAUGCUGAGGAGGUGGACGUGCCCAUCAAGCUGUACUGCAACGGUGACGGCGAGUGGCUGGUGCCCAUCGGCCGCUGCAUGUGCCGGGCCGGCUACGAGUCGGUGGAGAACGGGACCGUCUGCAGAGGCUGCCCCUCGGGAACAUUCAAGGCCAGCCAGGGGGAUGAGGGGUGUGUCCACUGCCCCAUCAACAGCCGGACAACCUCGGAAGGGGCCACGAACUGCGUGUGCCGAAAUGGAUAUUACCGGGCAGACGCCGACCCCGUGGACAUGCCAUGCACCACCAUCCCAUCGGCUCCCCAGGCCGUGAUCUCCAGCGUGAACGAGACCUCUCUGAUGCUGGAGUGGAGCCCCCCGCGGGACUCGGGGGGCCGGGAGGACCUGGUGUACAACAUCAUCUGCAAGAGCUGCGGGGCGGGCCGCGGGGCCUGCACGCGCUGCGGGGACAACGUGCAGUUCGCCCCGCGCCAGCUGGGCCUCACCGAGCCCCGCAUCUACAUCAGCGACCUGCUGGCACACACCCAGUACACCUUCGAGAUCCAGGCUGUCAACGGCGUCACCGACCAGAGCCCCUUCUCCCCGCAGUUCGCCUCGGUGAACAUCACCACCAACCAGGCCGCCCCUUCAGCUGUGUCCAUCAUGCACCAGGUGAGCCGCACCGUGGACAGCAUCACCCUGUCCUGGUCCCAGCCCGACCAGCCCAAUGGAGUCAUCCUGGACUAUGAGCUGCAGUAUUACGAGAAGGAUCUGAGCGAGUUGAACUCGACCACAGUGAAGAGCCCCACCAACACCGUGGCAGUGCAGAACCUCAAGGCCGGCACCAUCUACGUGUUCCAGGUGCGGGCACGCACCGUGGCCGGCUACGGCCGCUACAGUGGGAAGAUGUAUUUCCAAACCAUGACCGAAGCCGAGUACCAGACCAGCGUGCAGGAGAAGCUGCCGCUCAUCAUCGGCUCCUCGGCGGCUGGGCUGGUGUUCCUCAUCGCCGUGGUGGUCAUCGGCAUCGUGUGUAACAGAAGACGGGGCUUUGAGAGGGCUGACUCGGAGUACACGGACAAGCUGCAGCACUACACCAGCGGCCACAUGACUCCAGGGAUGAAGAUUUAUAUCGAUCCUUUCACCUACGAAGAUCCCAAUGAGGCUGUCAGGGAAUUUGCAAAAGAAAUCGAUAUCUCUUGUGUCAAAAUCGAGCAGGUGAUUGGGGCAGGGGAGUUUGGUGAGGUGUGCAGUGGGCAUCUCAAGCUUCCAGGCAAAAGAGAGAUCUUUGUGGCCAUCAAGACCCUCAAAUCUGGCUACACAGAGAAGCAGAGGCGGGACUUCCUGAGUGAGGCCAGCAUCAUGGGGCAGUUUGACCACCCCAAUGUCAUCCACCUGGAGGGGGUGGUCACCAAAAGCUCUCCAGUCAUGAUCAUCACUGAGUUCAUGGAGAACGGCUCACUGGACUCCUUCCUGCGGCAAAACGACGGGCAGUUCACGGUGAUCCAGCUGGUGGGGAUGCUGCGGGGCAUCGCCGCGGGCAUGAAGUACCUGGCGGACAUGAACUACGUGCACCGGGACCUGGCCGCCCGCAACAUCCUGGUCAACAGCAACCUGGUGUGCAAGGUGUCCGACUUCGGCCUCUCCCGCUUCCUGGAGGACGACACCUCCGACCCCACCUACACCAGUGCUCUGGGGGGGAAGAUCCCGAUCCGAUGGACGGCACCUGAGGCCAUUCAGUACCGAAAGUUCACCUCGGCCAGCGACGUGUGGAGCUAUGGAAUAGUCAUGUGGGAGGUGAUGUCCUACGGAGAGCGGCCCUACUGGGACAUGACCAACCAGGAUGUGAUAAAUGCCAUUGAGCAGGACUAUCGACUGCCACCACCCAUGGACUGCCCAAAUGCCCUUCACCAGCUGAUGCUUGACUGUUGGCAGAAGGAUCGAAACCACAGGCCCAAAUUUGGGCAAAUUGUCAACACCUUGGAUAAAAUGAUCCGAAAUCCGAACAGCCUGAAAGCCAUGGCACCUCUCUCCUCUGGGAUGAACCUCCCCCUCCUUGACCGCACAAUCCCGGAUUACACCAGCUUCAACACUGUGGAUGAGUGGCUGGAUGCCAUCAAGAUGAGCCAGUACAAGGAGAGCUUUGCCAGUGCUGGUUUCACCACCUUUGAUGUAGUAUCUCAGAUGACUGUAGAGGACAUUCUGCGAGUUGGGGUCACUUUAGCAGGACACCAGAAGAAAAUCCUCAACAGUAUCCAGGUGAUGAGAGCACAGAUGAACCAAAUCCAGUCUGUGGAGGUUUGAUAGCUGCCUGUCCUCCCUCUCCUCCUCCUCGAGGCCCUGCUCCCCUUUGCCCCUGUAUGUCCAAGCUCCAGUUCCUGAGUGUUCUGCAUGGAGCAGAGACAGGCAGCUGCUCUGAGGAGUGGGAGGGAACACCCUGUCCUCAACAAUGAGAAGUCGCCAAGAGCUUCUAGAAUUUAAGCAAUGGAAAAAGGGAACAAAACAAAACAAACAAACAAACAAAAAAAGGACAACUAUUUUGAAAAAAAAAAAUAAAAAUGAACGAACUACAAAAUAUUUUUAAAUAAUAAUAAAGCAAUUGCAUUCUUGAAAAGGGCUCCAAGACCAAUGGGAGUCUCCAAAGGAAGAGAAAAGAGCAGCUUCACGUUUCCUCUUGCACAAGGCUGCUGCAGCUGGACCCAGGCACCUCUGGAGCAGUGGGACUUCUCCAGGAAGAGGAAAGCAAGGAAAAGGCCACGAGAAGCACAUCUCUUCCUCCCGUGGGCGCUGGGAACAGCGUGAGCCAGGCCCUUCCCCAGAGCCCCUGUCAGCAGAUCAGACGGGGAGAGCUGAAGCUCUUUGGUGCUGUGGAACCAAGUGCAUCUCAGAAACUGAUGGACUUCUUCAAAAGCUGAAGACUUUUUUUUUUUAAAAAAAACAAAACAAAACAAAAACACAACAAAUAAACUAAGACUAGAGGAGGCUGUUUCCGACAAAUGAGAAGGAAUCUGUAACGCCUUGGGGGGUGGGGAUGGGGAAAAGCAAUCCUUUUUACAUCUCUUAUUUUCUCUUGUCAUGGAACAGUUUUGUGAGUGACAGUUUCCUAAGGGUCCGUCCAUCCGCCCUCCAAUGGCAUCGUGUCUCAUACAUAUCAUUGCUCAAGACUUUUAGUGAUAUCCUUUCUAGAUGCCAAUGAUCUUUUCCCAGAAGACUUCCCAAGUACAGUAUGUAGUAGUUUUUGAUUACAAAUGCUGACGUGUACCUUUAUUUUUCGGUUGUCAUUGUUGGGAGAUUUGUCCUUUUGCAUUGUUUUGUUAACACCAGUUUGUGAGUUUGGGGGUUGGAAAUUUUCGGUUGGUUGGGGGUUUGGUUUUGUUUUUUUUUUUUUAUAAUGAAAAAGAAAUGACAUCUCCAAGCAUCAUAUCAUCCAAGAACUUAAAUCCCUUCCCUGUGGAAGGAAAAAUUGCAGCUUAUUGACCAUAUGCCAGGAGAAAAAGGUUUUUUAUAUGCA